AUGCAAGAUGCGGCACUCGCUUUUCUCGUAUUCUGCAUUGGAUUACAGUUAGUAGGAUGCUUUUUACACCCAGAAUCUCCUCCAGAUGAAACCUACCUUGGGUUGACAUACGAAGCCACAGAUUUCUCUCCAGAACAAGAAUACGAUUACAUCAUUGUUGGAGGAGGGACAGCAGGUUGCCCGUUAGCUGCCACUUUAUCUGAAAAGUAUUCGGUACUUCUUCUUGAGCGAGAUUCACCUGCUCAAAACUUCAUCUCCGAAGAUGGUGUACUAAAUACAAGAGGGAGAGUAUUGGGAGGUAUAGAAUGGGACACCAGUGCUGUCGAAAGAGCCUAUGAGUGGGUAGAAGAUAGUAUCGUAACUCGUCCAAAUCAAUUAGGUAGGUGGCAAGCUUCCACGUUGAAUGCGUUACUAGAAUCAGGAGUUGAUCCUGCAAACGGGUUCACCCUCGACCACCUUCAAGGCACCAAGAUUAGUGGUUCGACAUUUGAUGAUUCUGGAAGACGACAUGGAGCAGUUGAGCUCCUCAAUAAAGCAAACCCUGAAAACUUAAAAGUGGUAGUCCAUGCAACAGUUGAUCGGAUCAUCUUCUCCACCUCUAAAUCUUUAGCGGCUACUGGCGUGACAUACCAUGAUUCAAAGGGGACGAAUCAUGAAGUCCAUGUAAGAAAAAACGGAGAAGUGAUUUUGAGUGCUGGAGCUCUCGGAAGUCCACAACUUUUGCUAGUAAGUGGUCUUGGGCCAGUUUCAUAUCUUUCGUCUUUGAAUAUUCCAGUUGUUAGCGAUCAUCCGUUUGUGGGGCAGUUUAUGGCUGAUAAUCCACGCACAGGAGUUAAUCUUUUGGUCCCAGUCGUAUUACCUGAUGUAGGAGUAAGGGUGGUUGGGAUAUCAAAAAGUGGCCCAUAUAUCGAGUCUUCUGUAGUCCCUCGACUUACAACUUCGAUAAACUUUAUACCAUUCUUGGGUUCACUUCCACCUUUAAUUAACUUAAGUAUAGUGAUUAUUGGUGGAAAGGUUACAAGACCGUUGUCAACUGGCUCACUACAUCUAAUAUCACCAUUUGAUGUGGACGUUAGCCCAAGUGUUCGUUUUAAUUACUACUCUCACACCGAAGAUAUACUACAAUGUGGUAACGCAGUUGAAGUACUUCGGAAUUUUUUGCAAACUCGGACGAUGGAAGAAUACAAGUUUAGUGACAUCUUUGGUGGAAAGGAUUUCAAAUAUCUUGGGCCAUCAUUACCUGAAGAUCCAACUGAUAUGGACUCCAUUGCGACUUUCUGUCGUGAAUCAUUGUCUACGUUUUGGCAUAUCCAUGGUGGAUGCUUGGUUAACAAGGUGGUUGAUAGUCAUUUGAAAGUUAUCGGAGUUGAUUCUUUACGAGUGGUUGAUGCUUCAACGUUCUUCAACUCACCGGGAACAAAUCCACAGGCUACACUUAUGAUGUUAGGUCGAUACAUUGGUGUGAAUAUACUUAAUGAGAGAGCAGCAAAUGACAUACAUUCUUGAUCUCCAUAUAAUUAAAGAUGGUGUUGUGUUUAAUUAAUUUAUGUUGCAAAAGAAUCUGUGUAAUAUUGUAGUUUUUAUAUAUUUGGACACCCUUCAUCUAUAGUCUAGAACACUUCCAAUGUAUUAUUCUUUUGUAUUAUCCAGCCCAUGUAUUUUUUGUUGGCCUUAUCCAUGUAUUAAUAGUUUAAAUUGUUUCGAUUAAUGAGAUCGAAGGGACUUAUGAAAAAUAUAUACACACUAGUACAAAACCUAUUUAAUAGUGCC